UGGACUCGACCUUUCGUUUUUUUCCUCCAUGGCUUUGCUGCGCCCCCGCAGCGCGACAGAGCUGCGCCGCCCGCGGCCCACGGGGCAGCGAAAAACGCUGCCGCUGCCGCUGUCGGGCGAGAUGCCCUCAAAAAUCCAGCUGCCAAAGUGCUCCAAAGUGCCCAAAGUGGACCUUAAAGGUCCAAGGCACCACGCAACGCUGGCGCCGAAAGCUGAGGUGCUGAAAGUUGCUGGUGUUGAAGGGUGGAAGGACAGCAGCACCUAUCGCAUUCGUGAGACGCCAGAGGUCCCAGAGGUUGUCACGCCAAAGCAGCGAGUGCCGGCGAGCCUCACAGAUGCCGCGGUGCGGCCGCGCUGCGUCGUUUCACGGGAAGUGGACAACGGCGAUGCGACGACCCGUGAGGCAGUGCCAUUGCCAGGCCUCACUGAGCUGCAGAAGAGUCAUGUCGUCCUCGAGCGCUGGAGCUGCUUCCCUCAGUUGCCAAGCGAGUUGCAUCCCAGCCGGGCCACAGCCCUGCGCUUGCACAAGGCCUUGCGAGAACCGCAGGCGCAGGUCGCGAUUGACUUGCUGGGCCAUGUGGAUGCCGAAUCGCGCCACUUGCUGCUGAUGUGGUGCCUGGGCUGUUGCUUGGAACUCCUGGGAUUUCUAGAGAACGCUGCCGCGCUCUUCGCCAAGUGCACAUCUAUGGAUGUAGGCAACCCUGUGCAUGCAUACAACCGUGGGGUAGUUCUCCUGCGUUUGCACCAAUGGCAAGCGGCUAGUCGAGACUUCGAUUUGGCAGCAAGCCAUUGCCUUCAGAAAGGAUGGCUCCUACCUGCCAUGUUGCUGGCACGCCGCGCCUUGGCCAAUCUGCAGCUGCAGAAACUGCCCCAAGUUUGGGCCGACUUCGAGCUCGCCAGGCUCCGGACGCGCUUUCCCAACUUCACCCUGGGACAGCUGCAGCGGCAGAUGGCUAGGGAGGAGCUCAGCUCAUACGCCAGUUAUCGCCGAGCGCUCACGGGGCCGCCUGUCAUGAGAUUCGCAGCACACCGGCACUGGGUGGUGCAAGCCCUUGCUGGUGAGAAGCUUCAAGCCGCCAGCGAGGCUGUGCAGCAGUCUCUGCUGGAACUGCUGCGUGCUGUGCCCGGCUUUGCGCAAGUGCAGUUUGGCUGCGUUCCAUGGGAUGCCGUUUCCAUUGUUCUAUUGCGUGGAGGCCAACCAUUGCUGCCCACCUAUUCUCACGUGUACAUUUUGUUCUCUGGGGAGCUGCGCGUCCUGCGCUUCGUCGCAGCGCUGGGAGCGGGCCGCCAGAACCUGGAGGAAGGGCGGGUGCUGGGGGUGCCGGAGGCACUGCUGGCACGACCCUUUCUGGAGGAGGAGCGGGUUUUGUCGGUGCCCAGCUCCUUCUGUGGUCAACAAGGACGGCACCAAGACGGUUGGCUAGUGGCUUCGGGCCAUGGCGCUGGUCUGCUGCAGAUCACUGUGCAGGGAAUGCAGCGGAUGUGAGCUCGAAUCGACUGCGAAACAA